AUGAAGGUUACUGUGGAGUGUGCAUUAUUAAUCACUUUAAUUGUGGAAAUCAUUAUAGGGUGUUUAGGAAAUGGAUUCAUAGCUGUGGUGAACAUCAUGGACUGGACCAAGAGAAGACGGUUCUCCUUAGUGGAUCAGAUCCUCACUGCUCUGGCCAUCUCCAGACUUGCUUUUGUGUGGUCACUACUCACAGUUUUAGUGAUAUCUGAGCUUCACUCAUCAUUGUUGAUAACAAGAAAAAUGUUGAGGAUAAUCAAUAAUUUCUGGACAGUGACCAAUCAUUUCAGCAUCUGGCUUGCUACAUGUCUCAGCAUCUUUUAUUUUCUCAAGAUAGCUAACUUUUCAAAUUCUAUUUUUCUUUCCCUAAGGUGGAGGGUAAAAACUGUGGUUUCAUUAACACUGCUGGUAUCUCUUCUCCUCUUGCUUGUAAAUGUUAUCAUCAUAAACACAUGUAUUGUUAUCUUGGUUGAAGGAUACAAAGUAAAUAUGUCCUACAGUUCUCAUUCAAACAACAAUCCACAGAUUUCCAGGAUUCCUUUAUUCACCAACACUAUGUUCACAUUCAUACCCUUCACAGUGACUCUGACAAUUUUCCUCCUGCUCAUCUUCUCCCUGUGGAGGCAUUUGAAGAAGAUGCAGCAUCAUGCCAAGAGCCCCAGAGACCCCAGCACCACAGCCCACAUUAAGGCUCUGCAAAUGGUCGUCACCUUCCUCUUCCUAUACACCAUUUUCUUUCUGGCACUUGUCAUGCAGGCUUGGAAAAAUGAGAUUCAGUCAAAGACUGUGUUCAACUUGGUUUUUGAGUCGAUAGCACUUGCUUUUCCUUCAGGUCACUCCUGUGUACUAAUUCUGGGAAACUCUAAGCUCAGACAGGCUUUUCUGACCAUAAUAUGGUGGCUGAGGUCCAGUUUUAAUGCUGCAGAACUCUCAAGUCCUUAG